AUGGGCAAAAAACCCGGCAGGAAUUUUACCCCUAACAGAAAACCGCUGCGGACAGCAGGGGCUUCUAAGAACAUUUUUGACGAUGUUGGGGUGUUGGAUGCCGCCCGUUAUGCCCCAGACUGGGGGCCGGAAAACCUUGCAAAAGAAUUCCCUUUAGCGCCCGGGCCCCAGCUGCGUUUUCAGGGGGGAACGAAACAGGGAAAAACAGACUCCUGUCACUUGUGGCGGGUUCCCUGGUUCGGAUGGUGCCCACCGAAUGUUCGCAAAGAGUGGGGAAAUCAAUUUCCAGCUGCACGCAAGACGCCCCCUAGGCCCACUAUGAACUUACAGAACGGGAAUCUUUGGGAAGCCAUAACGGCCCGACCGUCUCUUCGCUAA